AUGGUGAGAAACGAAGCCACUUCUUCUCUUUCAAAAAGCUGUUCCACUCAGGCUAAAAUACACGUGUCUUUCAGUGUCGGACAGAAGCAACGUUUUCCAUUCACUCAAAUAGUCAUCGUCGUUGAGCCACGCCUUCCCAUCCUUGAUCCGCCUUUCUUCAUCGUUCGCUAUCAAUAUUUAUCGAUCUAUGACCUUCUCUUUCCUUCAUUAAAUUCGUUCUUUUCCAAGUCUUUUCCACGUUUCUUUAAUGUCUUAUUGCAUUCAAUAAUUCUUUCUUUCUUUUGCGAUUUCCUUAUUUCUUUUAUUCCUUCUUUUAUUUUUCUUUCGUUGCCGAAUUUUGACUUUUCUCUCUUAUUUCAUUUCUUUCUUUUCUCUUUUCAUUCAUAUUUUUCAACAUUCGUUCGUACAAUCGUUCAUUUUGCCUUUUUCAUUUCUCUUUUUUACUUCUUUCUUGUUUCAUUCUUUCGUUCCCCUCCGAAUUUUGUUCUCGGCGUUUAUUUCUUCUUCUUCUUCUUCUUCUUCUUCUUCUUCUUCUUCUUCUUCUUUCAACUUUCAUUGUAA